AUGUCUAGGAAUAUCUUAGCCGUUGUGAAGCCAAAGAUUUUUCGGGAAUACAUUGGGGUGAAGGAAGAGCCGGAUAGUUUAAAUGAUUUCCCUGAUGAAAUCAUCAACUCCAAGAUUGGAGAAUUCCACUUCAUUCUUGGAUUUGCAAUGGAGGACUAUGACAACAAUGGAAGAGGCACGGGAAUAUUCAAGCGGAGAUGGAACUAUGGAUACUUCAGUCCUGAAAAGAUAAAGAAACUGAAGAAUGAUCAUGAGAAUGAAGUGAUCAAGGUGGUAAUAAGCAUUGGAGGUCGUGCAAGUGGUGACACCAAAUAUCCAUUCAAUCCUGCUGAGAAAGAAGUAUGGAUUGAGAAGGCUCAAGAAUCGCUGAAAGAGAUCAUCAAAGACUACAAGGGUCAAAUUGAUGGCAUUGAUAUUAACUAUGAGAACAUAGAGUCCGAUGACUUUUCCCACUGCAUUGGGAAAGUUAUAAAUGGGCUUAAGAAUAAGGAUGGAGUGAUCAAUGUGGUAUCAAUUGCUCCGUCAUAUCCUGUCCAAGCCCACUACAAGAAAUUGUACAUGGCUAACGGAAAAGAUAUUAACUGGGUUGAUUACCAGUUCUAUGAUCAGAUUGUGUCCACAAAGGUUGAGUUUAUAAAACUCUACAGUGACCUAUCAAAUGUUUACGACAAAGAAAAACUGUUGGCAGGAUUCAGCACCGAUCCAAAUGACGCAGGUAAGAUAUCACGAGAGGUCUUCCUUGAGGGCUGCAACGACCUCAUCAGUUCCGCAUCACUCCCUGGCAUCUUUGUUUGGAAUGCUAAUGACUCCGCCCUCAAUGUCAUCUCCAAUGAUGUCCCUUUCUACUUUGAGAAGUUGGCACAACGCAAACUCACUGACUCUACAUCCUAA